UAUAGUUAUAACAAUUCUGCUUCCUGUUUCCGGUCGGGCUGAAUGACUGACUGUCGGCGAAUGAGAUAAACAAAGGGCCGGUGACUUUUUAAGACAUUUUGAUACGCUUGCUAACUCUCUGAAACAUGGAAUCUGGUUUGAGUCAGGAGAAGAUCGCCUCCUUUGUGAAGCGUUUGCGGGCAGAGCCUAGGUACCUGCUAGCCCAGAACGUGUCCACGUGCAUCGACCCGCUGGAGGUGUGUCUGCAUCGACAGACAGUCCAGGACACCGUACACAUCUUUCAGCACUCCAUCCCCACAGAGGGCAAGCCCGUCACCAACCAGAAGAACUCAGGGAGGUGUUGGAUCUUCUCGUGCCUCAACGUCAUGCGGCUUCCCUUCAUGAAGAAGUGUAACAUCGAAGAGUUUGAGUUCAGUCAGUCCUACCUGUUUUUCUGGGACAAGGUGGAGCGUUGCUACUACUUCCUGCAGGCAUGUGUGGAGACGGCUCGGAGGAAGGAGCCGGUGGACGGCAGGCUGGUGCAGUUCCUCCUCUCCAAUCCCACCAAUGACGGCGGCCAGUGGGAUAUGCUGGUCAACCUCAUUGAGAAGUACGGAGUCAUCCCAAAGAAAUGCUUCCCCGAGUCUCACAGCUCCGAAGCCUCACGGAGAAUGAACGACAUCCUUAAUCACAAGCUGAGAGAAUACUGUCUAAGACUACGGAACAUGGUGGCCAGUGACGCCACUGAAGACGAGCUGUCCGAUGCCAUGGACACUAUGAUUGAGGAGGUCUUCCGUGUGGCCAGUGUGUGUCUGGGGAGUCCACCGGAAUCCAUUUGUUGGGAGUACCGAGACAAGGACAAGAACUUCCACCGCAUGGGCCCCCUGUCCCCCCAGCAGUUCUACAAGGAGUUGGUGAAGCCUCUAUACAACAUCCAGGACAAGAUCUGCCUUGUGAAUGACCCCCGUCCUCAGAACCCUUAUGAGAAGUUGUAUAGCGUUGAGUUCCUGGGUAACAUGGUGGGCGGACGGAACAUCUUGUACAACAACCAGCCCAUCGAGCUGCUCAAAAAGGCGGCCGCGGAAUCUAUCAAAGAGGGAGAGGCUGUAUGGUUCGGAUGUGACGUUGGCAAGCAUUUCCAUGGCAAACUGGGCAUCAAUGACAUGAAUGUGUUCAACCAUGAGUUGGUGUUCGGCGUGUCCGUGAAGAAUCUGUCUAAGUCAGAGCGGCUGAUCUUCGGAGACUCCCUUAUGACCCACGCCAUGAUCCUCACCGCUGUUACCGACAAGCAGGAUGGAAAGGAGGGCUGUUAUGAGAAGUGGAGGGUGGAGAACUCCUGGGGUGAUGACCGUGGGAACAAAGGUUACCUGAUAAUGACAGACGAGUGGUUCUCUGAAUACGUGUACGAGGUCGUCGUGGACAAGAAGUACUUGGCGCCGGAAGUUCUGGAAGUAAUGCAGCAGAAGCCCGUCGUACUUCCUGCCUGGGACCCAAUGGGUGCCUUGGCCUUGUAACUAUGGAAACAGAGGGUCUCCGCCCUCUCUCUGGUUUUACCCCUCUAUAGACUUCCUCCACAGCCUGUUCUCUACACAUAAUAAAAGGGUUUCGUUUUUAUACUGGAAAAAUUUCA